UAUUCUAUUGAAAAUAAAUAAAUAAAAUAAAAUUAUGUGCAUAUAUCCAGGUGUUUAGUUCGGGUGGGUCCGGGUCGGGCAGUACGAGUCAUUUUCCUUUCUCCGCCAUUGAAGAUUUGGAGGUGUUUUUGUUGUGCGAAAGAGUACGUGUGUAGAGUGUCGUUUAGUUAAGGACAUUUGGUUUCUGAGGAAAUUGAAGAGAAUUGCCGCCAUAUUUACUGCCGCCGCUGAAGGUAGGAAGGUAGGAAGGUAGGAGAGAAGCUCAGUAUCAACAUGUUCUAGGCUUCUCGCUUAUUAUUCAUUUAUAUAUAAUGUGUAUAUGUAUGUAUUAAUUGUUGGUAUGUUUGUUCCGUUCAGUUACUUUCUUCAUCUAUUUGUAAACUUGUAAAUUUAAGAUUUUUAUUUUUCUGAUUGUUUUCAAUUAUUAUUAUUAUUUUUUACUGUUAGCGUUUUAGUGCAAACUAAAACACAGAGAGAGAGGGAGAGAGAGAGAGAGAGAGAGAGUUAUUGGUGGAGAAUUGGGUUUUGGGUUUCAUAGAAAGCUUUAAGCUUUAGUUAUGGGAGAAUCUCCAACACCUGGGAAACGUAAAGAGCCUGAACAGUCGGAGGUUACUGAAAGUACCACCGAAGAAUCUCCACCAAAACGACGCAAUUUGACUCGUACCUGUGUUCACGAGGUUGCAGUUCCUAGUGGGUACACUCCCACCAAGGAUGAAUCUAUUCAUGGAACUCUGGCAAAUCCAGUGUAUACUGGAACCAUGGCCAAGACAUACAAUUUUACGCUGGACCCUUUUCAGCAGGUCUCUGUGGCGUGCUUGGAGCGCAAUGAGUCCGUUCUGGUCUCCGCGCAUACUUCAGCUGGUAAAACUGCCGUCGCUGAGUAUGCAAUUGCUAUGGCUUUUAGAGAUGGACAGAGGGUUAUAUAUACUUCACCUUUGAAGGCUUUGAGCAAUCAGAAGUACAGAGAACUCUUUGAAGAGUUUAAAGAUGUUGGGUUGAUGACUGGUGAUGUUACACUCUCUCCUAAUGCUACUUGUUUGGUAAUGACCACGGAGAUUCUGAGGGGAAUGCUUUAUAGAGGUUCUGAGGUCCUCAAGGAAGUUGGCUGGGUUAUUUUUGAUGAAAUUCAUUAUAUGAAGGAUCGUGAAAGAGGGGUUGUUUGGGAAGAGAGUAUUAUAUUUUUGCCACCGGCGAUUAAAAUGGUUUUUCUUUCGGCAACAAUGUCAAAUGCCACUGAGUUUGCAGAGUGGAUUUGUCAUUUGCACAAACAGCCAUGUCAUGUUGUCUACACAGAUUUCCGACCCACUCCACUGCAGCAUUAUGUUUUUCCCAUGGGUGGGAAUGGUUUAUAUCUUGUAGUUGACGAGACCGAACAGUUUAGGGAGGACAAUUUUGUGAAGCUGCAGGAUUCUUUCUCAAAGCAAAGAAUGGAUGGUGCUAACAGGAGUGCUAAUGGCAAAGCAAGUGGGAGACUUGCAAAAGGCGGGGCUGCAUCAGGGCCUUCUGAUGUAUUCAAAAUUGUGAAGAUGAUUACAGAGAGAAAAUUCCAGCCGGUUAUUAUUUUUAGCUUCAGUAGAAGAGAGUGUGAACAGCAUGCAAUGUCUGUGGCCAAACUUGAUUUUAACACCAAAGAAGAAAAGGAUAACGUAGAACAUGUUUUCCGUAAUGCAAUAGAAUGUUUGAAAGAGGAAGACAGAGAUUUGCCUGCCAUUGAGUUGAUGUUGCCACUACUUAAGCAAGGCAUUGCUGUUCAUCAUUCUGGCCUGCUUCCUGUCAUCAAGGAACUGGUAGAGCUUCUUUUCCAGGAAGGCCUUGUAAAGGCACUGUUUGCUACAGAAACAUUUGCUAUGGGUUUGAAUAUGCCUGCGAAAACUGUUGUUUUCACGGCUGUGAAGAAGUGGGAUGGUGAUAGUCAUCGGUACAUUGGAUCGGGUGAGUAUAUCCAGAUGAGUGGAAGGGCUGGCCGUCGUGGGAAAGAUGAUCGUGGUAUUUGUAUCAUAAUGAUUGAUGAGAAGAUGGAGAUGAAUACACUCAAGGACAUGGUUUUGGGUAAACCAGCUCCUUUAGUCAGUACCUUUAGACUUAGCUACUACUCAAUUUUGAAUUUGAUGAGCCGUGCAGAAGGCCAGUUCACCGCUGAACAUGUAAUAAAGAAUUCAUUCCACCAGUUCCAGUAUGAGAAGGCUUUACCUGAUAUAGGAAAAAAGGUUUCAAAGCUUGAGCAGGAAGCUGUAAUGCUUGAUGCAUCAGGAGAGGCUGCAGUCGCUGAGUAUCAUAACAUAAAACUUGAGAUAGGCCUACUUGAAAAGAAGAUGAUGUCAGAAAUAAUGAGGCCUGAAAGAGUUUUAUAUUUUCUUCAACCUGGUCGGUUGGUCAGAGUACGAGAAGGUGGAACAGACUGGGGUUGGGGAGUGGUAGUUAAUGUCGUGAAAAAGCCAUCAGCAGGGUUAGGCACGUUGUCUUCGCGUGGUGGUGCUUAUAUUGUUGAUACCUUGCUCCAAUGCUCUCCUGUUUCAAGUGAGAAUGCUUCACGGCCAAAACCAUGUCCACCUCGUCCAGGGGAAAAGGGUGAAAUGCAUGUGGUCCCUGUUCAGUUGUCCUUAAUUGCUGCCCUAAGCAGACUCAGGAUAUCUAUUCCUCCCGAUCUGCGGCCUGUUGAGGCGAGGCAAAGUAUUCUGCUUGCAUUACAGGAGCUGGGAACUCGUUUUUCCCAAGGUUUUCCAAAGUUGAAUCCUGUAACGGACAUGAGCAUUGAAGAUCCUGAAAUUGUUGAGUUGGUCAAUCAAAUUGAGGAACUUGAAAGAAAGUUAUAUGCUCAUCCACUGCAUAAGUCUCAAGAUGUGGAUCAAAUUAGAAGUUUUCAGAGGAAGGCAGAAGUGAAUCAUCAAAUACAACAACUUAAGUCCAAAAUGCGUGAUUCCCAGCUUCAAAAAUUCCGUGACGAACUUAAAAACCGGUCACGGGUCUUGAAAAAGCUUGGUCAUGUUGAUGCUGAUGGUGUUGUACAAUUAAAGGGACGAGCAGCAUGCUUGAUAGACACAGGGGAUGAGCUCCUUGUUACUGAGCUGAUGUUCAAUGGUACGUUCAAUGAUCUUGAUCAUCACCAAAUUGCAGCUCUUGCUAGUUGUUUCAUUCCAGGAGAUAAAUCAAGUGAGCAGCCACAACUGAGGACAGAGCUUGGUAGACCAUUACAGCAACUCCAAGACAGUGCAAGAAGAAUAGCAGAGAUACAACAUGAAUGUAAGUUAGAGGUAAAUAUCGACGAGUAUGUGGAAUCAACAGUAAGGCCAUUCCUGAUGGAUGUGAUAUAUUGUUGGUCAAAGGGUGCAAAUUUUGCUGAUGUUAUACAAAAGACUGAUAUCUUUGAGGGCAGUAUUAUAAGAAGUGCUAGAAGACUUGAUGAGUUUCUGAAUCAGUUGCGUGCUGCUGCUCAAGCAGUGGGAGAAGUUGCUUUAGAAAACAAGUUUGCUGCAGCAAGUGAAAGCAUCCACCGGGGUAUAAUGUUUGCAAAUUCCCUUUAUCUGUAAAAUGUGUCCAUGCAAGGUCCUCAUAUACAUCCUAGAGUAGAGAGACAUCAAAGGCUUUAUUCACAGUGGCUUGAUAGGUUUUGUUUUUUUGGACUCCCAUUUUUGUCUCAAAAACAAACUAGUUUCUUUCAAUGAUCAAUUGGCAGUCCACUUCUCUUUUUUUUUUUUUUUUUUUUUUUUUUUUUUUAUGUGGUUAGUUGGGAAACCAUACAUGGUAGAUUUGCAUUCGAACUUCAGAAGCAUCAGUGAUUCUGAAGAAUGGUGAAGAUUUAUAUCCUUAACGUAUUGUAUUGUAUCCUACCUCUUCAAAAGAAUGCAAUUGCUGAGGCUCUUCCCAUUUGAGGUUAGAGUCAAAUAGA